AUAAAUCUUAUAAAAUAUGAUUUGGAAUCAACUAUUUUCAAAAUGUUAUCUGUGUGAGUUUCAUCCCCUUUAUUUACAUUAUGUGUUAUAUUAGAAAAUCUCAGUUAUUGAAGAUUCACAAAUUGUAUUAUCUCCUCAUCCAAUCCCCAGUUCCAGUGAGGUGUUUACUUUGUAUGAUGAGCAAAUCUCCAAUAUUGAAGAUUCACAAAUUGUAUUAUCUUCUCAUCCAAUCCCCAGUUCCAGUGAGGCGCUUACUUUGCAUGAUGAGGAUGACAAAUAUUUUGAUAAAUUUCAUAAUUGCUGUAGGCCCUUGUCAGCCAUGUACAAAUAAAUUUCAAUAUCCUGUUACUAACAAGAGGAGCAUGAAUAUAACCUAUUAUAGAAAGGUUAAUAUAGAUGGUUCCCUCAACCCCAGAAAUUGGCUAUUUUAUAGCACUACUUUAGACAAAGUCUUUUGUCUAUAUUGUAUUAUGUUUGGUGGCCCUAAGUCCAAUACUUUUUGGACUCAACAUGGGGUAAAUAAUUGGAAAAACAUAAAGCGUGACUUAGAGAGACACGAAGCAUCUUCUCUUCAUAAAGAUUGUGAAUAUGCAAACAUGACUUGGCUUGCAAAUAAACGCAUUCAAGAUCAUUUGCUAUCAAAUAAGCUUGAUAUAAUCAUGGAAAAUCCCUUUUGGGGUUCUAAUUCGAAUGAAGGUAAUUUUAUGUGUCUCAUAAAAUUAAUGGCAAAAACGGUUCCAACUUUACGUGCAUACAUGGAUAACAACGAAAAAUUGUGGAGAAAAAAAUCAGAUAAAAUUUCGAGACCUUAUAUAAAUUUACUGUCAUAUGGCCACGUGAAAAAAAUAACUGAAAUUAUUAAGAUAAAAAUAACAAAAAGCAUUAUUCAAACAAUUAAAGAGAAUCGUGCCUAUAGCAUCAUAUUAGAUGAAACAUAUGAUGUGUCUAAAAAAGAAUGCAUAGCUUUGCUUGUACGGUAUAUAGAAGAUGAUCUGCAUCCACAUCCUGUAGAAAGGAUCAUACAUGUUUUUACAACAUCAGAAACCACUGGGGAAAAUAUAAAGAAACAUGUUUUUUCUAAGUUUAAUGAUCUUGGUCUUCCUCUUGAUUAUUUGGUUGGACAAAGUAUGGAUGGUGCAGGGAAUAUGAGAGGAGUAUACAAUGGAAUGCAGGCUUUAAUAUUGAAAGAGGCUCCAAAAGCCAUCUAUAUUUGGUGCCAUGCACAUCGGCUAAAUUUAGUAGUUGCUCAUGUUUGUGGAUGCAAAAUUGAAAUGAAAAAGGCAAUGGGAAUAUUAGAUGAGUUAUAUAAUUUUAUGAAUGGAGUUAGACGUCAAGGUGUGUUUGUUAAAUAUCAAAUGAGAAAGUCCAAGAAAUCUCUUAAAAGAAUUAAAAACACAACAAGGUAA